UCAGGAGCAACAGACAGAGGACUAGUCUGAAGAAAUGCGGCCUUACGUGAAGGGUCGGUACGUUACCAUGACCUCAGACGGUGUCCUAAAUUACAGCACUAACAAUUUUAAGAACUCAUUCACAAUACCUUUGUAUGAGAGAGAAAAAGAAACACCCAAGUUUCAUCACAGAAGAAAAAUGCAUAUUAAUGACGCAGUUUACAUCAAAGAGCUCCAACAGCUGGCAGUUUCUGUAGAUGACCGGGAACUGCUUUUCUACAACUGUAAGUACAGCCCUAACCUUUUUAAAAUCAAAUAUGGUUUGUUUGAGGACGAGAGCAGAAUCAUAACCAUGGAUUACUGGAGCGAUGGCAAAGAAGCAAGGCUUUUCUUGGGUUAUUCAAAUGGACACGUCACCGUCUUCAUAUCAAAAGACAUAUUGAAAAAUGGCCUCUUUAAUGAAACAUUGUUUGACAGCGUGUUGGACUAUCCAACUGCAUAUGUUUCAGACCUGCUGCAAACUCAAUCCCAAGACUUUUCUUCUCUAAGGAUUUCAGUUUUUUUACAUGACAUGUGUAGUCAGAUACGGUACUUUCCAAGUAUCCAAUCAUUUACUGUUUGUCCUGCGUCUUGUGAAUCUAUGGUUCUCGCCAAGUUUUCCUCUGACAGCGUGUCAAAAAAGCCCAAACUCUCCACAAAUGUCUUUAAGAACAAUAGAUCUUACAAGUUCUUUGCCUGUGCUGAAUUCUGCCCAGAGUCAGCAUUUCUCGUGACUGGGGGCAAAGAUGGUCUUUUACGAGUCUGGUUUCCCCACCAAACGUCAUCCUGCUGCCGGAGAUUAAAAGGACACGAGGAAGCCAUCACACAUGUGCUCUAUAAUCCAGUGGAGUUGAUCUUAAUCAGCAUAUCUACCGACCUAAAUGUCAGAAUAUGGUCUGAAACAAAGUGGACCUGCAUACAAAGUUUCUUUGUUAAUAACAUCAAGAUGGCUCCGAUUUCCAGCCUAUACUACAAUAUACAGAACAAUGAGUUGUUCAUGGCAAACUCAGACAUAGCGCGAUUUUUCGGAUGGGGGACGAAGCGUUUUUACAAGGCACUGACAUCCCACAACAUGCCUGUGUGCAGUGCACUUUAUCACAGUAUUUACAAACAAGUUAUCUCUGUUUCUCUGGAUGGUGUGCUGACAGUGUGGGAUAUCGUCACAGGAAAGACAGUUAUGGAGUUCAGGGUCUCUCCAGAGAACUCUGUGGGACACACCGCCAUUGCCUUUAAUGAAACACAACGUCAAUUAAUCACAAUUUCUCAUGAUGGAAAAAUGCGAUUUUGGAACUUUGUCCUCGGGAUAGAGCUUGCUGUGCAUCCUGUUAAAAUUCCAAAGGAAGCCAGAAGCACUGUCCACCUGAACAACGACCACCUGUUUGUUUCAACUAAGGACUCCAACAUAAUCCUCAUGCUAGAUUUAAGCCAUUUUGUAAAGCAUGAUUCAUUAAAUAAUAGGAUUUUAUAA